AACACCGGUUGUAUGACGUCAUCAACAUACCCGCAACUGUAGGCGUCUCGGCGAAGAGCGACUCCCACUGUUCAUCUCCUACCAUGUCUUAAUACAGAGUUCUGUAUUUGUAGAUGUGUUACAUGUCCUGGAAUGAUGUGAGGGAAUAAUUUUACAACACUUAGAUGCCUGGGAUCAUGAUAAAGUCAAUAAAAGAGAUGCUGUCGCCGACAACGAAGAUGGCUGCAGACACGAGUGAUGUCAGUACCGACGAUCGUGACAACAAUGAUUGUUCUCAGCGUGACCACACAGAAGAGGCAUGCACAGCCCCGGUUGAUCAGCAAAACGUUUCGAUGUCUUAUCACGUAUGUGGGUCGAACCAAAGUACUGUCAAUGAAAAUACAGCGUGUGGUGUUUUGAUCAAGGAACAAAACAUCCGUGAACAGCAUGUGCAUAAUGCAGAGCCAUCCGAUGGUGUUACAUUCUCUACUGACAAAGGUGUCAAGCCCAAAAUACGGAUAUCGGUUCCAGCAGAAAAUGGUAAAACAAUCGUGCAGGUUGAAUGUGCCAACAACAAGAUGACUCGCUGUUGCUAUGAACAAGAUGACGGUCAGGGACGGUCUCUCGGGUCAACAUGGAUUUUUGAGAAUGUUGUGCACGGACUGAUAGAAAGCAUUGUGAGCGACGGUGAUUUCAUUGAGUUCAUUGAUAAACUGAACGAACUUUAUCGUUGUAAAUUAAAAAAAAUGCACAACCAGUCAUGUCUAGUUUUGGAAUUCCUACAUGAUACUGAGGAAGAUAGAAGCAGAAUGAUUCAAGACCAAGAAAAGGUGGAGACAAUGUUUAAGAACUUUUUGCAAGGCAUUGGAAAGGAUGCUCCCAGCUGCAGUUUGCAAGUUUCCACUGAGCCGGCAACUGACAACAUCAGUGAUGCCAAAGAAAGGGCGGAGGACAAGGAAGAUGCGGCCGCCUUGCCUUCACAGUCUUUGAGUGAAGAUGCGAAAAAGAGAAAGUUACAUCCGAGAUCAUCAGGCGAGAAAAGUGAACUUAAAAAAAGGAAGUUACCUCCGAGAUCACCAGACGAGAAGAGUGAACUUAAAAAAAAGAAGUUAACUCAGGGAUCAUCAAAAGAGAAAAGUCAACACUACAAAAGUGAACCCACGGAAUCCACGUCGCUCACAGGAAUUUGCAUUGGACAUUUGACCAUUGUAUGAACAUGAUUAAUGAAAUAGGGGAACAGGUCGCUGCAUUUCUCACGUUAUAUUGGCGAGGUUGUCAAAUCAUCAUUCAUGGUAAGUAUCAGUUUCCAUUUUACGAGUUUGUUGACGUUAAGGAUACCUAAAAUGUCGUACUUCUUUAGACAGAUUAGAACAUUCAUGUAAUAUGUAUGUGGAUAAUGAAAACACCAUUUACUGUUCUUUUGGGCUUCCAGUUGUCUUCGACCCCCUCUCACUUGAACAGUGGGAAGAUGGCAAAAUGAGCACAUUCAGAUAUUUGAUUUUGAUUUCAAGUAGAUGUAGGGCAAUGAGCAAAAUAGGUAUUAAUCACUCAUUGAAACAUCUGCUGCAUUGCCUGUGGUUGUGACUACUGCCAUUUUCAUCUGACACUGGCUCAGUGGAAUGUUGGCUGUUGUUUUUGUCGUUUGCUCUGUGUUAAGUAAACAAGUUUUUCAAGAGGAAGAAUAUAUCAAUGAAACAGUGAUAAUCGAUGUAAGUUCGCCCAGUAUUGAUUGUCAUGAAAUAACUAUAUCUGAAAUGGGUCUUACACAGCAUGUAUCUCGUUAAGCUGAUCACAAUUCAGAACCACUCGUGUCCCUGUAUCUCCAAGUUCUUAUUGUUACACUGAAGCUGGAAGUUGAAUUU